AUGGUUGUAAGAUCUCUUGAUGUCGAGAGAGACCCAUUCCGACCUCCGAAUAUUGGAAAGGAAACUCUUGGUCCAGAAGUACCAUAUUUAAGUGCAACUGGUGCACUAAUGUUUCUUGCUAGUCAUACACGACCAGAUAUAUCAUUUUCUGUAAAUUUAUUGGCAAGAUAUAGUUCAUGCCCUACGAAGAGGCAUUGGAAUGGGGUAAAACAAAUAUUUCGAUACCUUCAAGGUACAAAGGACAUGGGGUUGUAUUUUACUAACCAAUCGACAACAAGUUUGGUUAGUUUUGUAGAUGCAGGGUAUUUGUCUGAUCCUCACACUGGACGAUCUCAAACUGGAUAUUUAUUCACAAGUGGAGGCACUGCUAUUUCAUGGCGUUCUGUAAAGCAAACCAUCACAGCCACAUCAUCUUACCAUGCAGAAAUAUUGGCGAUUCAUGAAGCUAGUCGAGAAUGUGUUUGGUUAAGAAGUGUAAUACAACACAUUCGUGGGUCUUGUGGUAUUUCUAUGAGAGAUGAGGGACUGACAAUUUUACAUGAAGACAACACAGCAUGCAUUGCUCAACUUAAGGAAGGAUACAUCAAAGGUGACAGAACGAAGCACCCCAAAGUUCUUUUUCACACAUGA